UGCUGUAGCUUGUCUGAGUUAGAAAUCGGCUAUAGCUCAUGGUCCAUGCUCACAUGGGAACAGAGAUAACUAUCAGCGUAGAAAUGCAUGAAACGUCGUAAUAUCCUAUAUAUUUUUAAAGCGCAAUAUUUUAACUGUCACUGCGGUAUUUUGCGCUGUUGUCAUUUCACCGUUUGGAAGGCUUCUUAAAUGACACAGGCUUCCGUGUGUAGACAGGGGAAGCCUUCACCACGACGAACAUUUUAAAGAGCGUCAGUGCGCGAGUGAGUCAGAUCUCAGUUCUGCGCUGACUGCUUCUUGGAGUGGGGAGCCGGUAUGGACUCAGCGAAGAGCUAAUGACAGGAAUGGAGAUUUAGUUCGUUCAGAAUCUUUUUAAUUUAUACAAAGCUACUGUAAUUUACACCGGAUAUAAUUUUGGACGCUGGGGUUCUGUUGUAAAAGUCCGUGGAAAUGGGGGAGCAGCCCAUCUUCACCACCCGCGCUCAUGUCUUCCAAAUCGACCCGACCACCAAGAAGAACUGGGUCCCUGCCAGCAAGCAGGCUGUCACCGUGUCCUACUUCUACGACAGCACGCGGAACAGCUACCGCAUCAUCAGCGUGGAUGGCACCAAGGUGAUCAUCAACAGCACGAUCACGCCCAACAUGACCUUCACCAAAACCUCACAGAAGUUUGGCCAGUGGGCUGACAGUCGGGCCAACACGGUGUUUGGCCUCGGCUUUCCCACCGAGCAGCACCUGGCCAAGUUUGCUGAAAAAUUCUUAGAAGUCAAAGAGUCGGCAAAACUUGCGAGGGACAAAUCUCAAGAGAAGAUGGAAACGUCCAGUAAUCACUCCCAGGAAUCUGGACGUGGGACACCGUCCUCUACACAAGCCUCCAGCAUUAACGGCACAGACGAUGAGAAGAUCUAUCAUGGGCCACCAGACGUGCUGCUGAAGAGUGAGAAUGACAGUCUGAAGGCUGCUGUGGAGCAGAGCAACACAAAUGUCAAGAAGUGGGAGACGGAGCUACAGACCCUGAGAGAGAGCAAUGCCCGGCUGACCGACUCACUCCAGGAGUCUAACACCAGUGUGGAGACCUGGAAGAAGCAGGUGCUCAUCUGUCAGGAGGAGAGCAGCCACCUACGAAACAAGAUCACAGCACUGGAGGCACAAUGUAAUGAGGUCGGUCAGGAGAAGGACACAAACACCCGGCUUACAAAUCGAGUGAAGGAACUGGAGGUUGAGCUGCAGGACAAGGAUCUGGAGCUGGAGAACCUGAGGAAGCAGGCUGAGAUAAUCCCUCGACUCAUGGGCGAGUGUGAUGGCAUCACUGAGAAGCUAAAGGCUGCGGAGCGGAGAAACGGCGAGCUGGAGGCCCGUGUGGAGGCGCUUCAGAGGGACGUGGAAGAGCGGCAGCAGCAGCAGGGCAACAUGAAGCUUGAGCUGAAGAAGCUGACGGACACUCUGGACGGGAAGCUGGACGAGCUGCAGGAGUUCAGACAGGGGCUCUCCAAACUGGGGGCUGACAAUUAAGGGGAGGGGCCAGAGGAGGCCAAUGAAAUGCAAGAGCGAAUGUCAGGGAAGAGAACUGGUGCCAUAUACCCUCCCCUUCUGCACAAAAAAAUAGAAAAAUACAUAAAAGAGAUUAAAUGUGAGGUCAGACCACUUCAGCAAGUUGAAUUUUUUUUGGGGUGAUUUACUUAUUUCUUUUUGAUGGGGAGGGGUUUGUGCAGUUGGUUCAAUUCACCGUGACAGGAUUGAGUCUCAGGUUUCUUGAGUAAAGUGUGUUUGGCUUCCACAGGUUUGGACUUUCAGAGGACAUUUUGAAAGGGCUAAUAAUUCAAUGGUGAAAUGAGCCAUAGGAAGCAAGAAAUAGUCGGAGUGAAUCUGUGGGGGGAAAAAAGGGAAAUGUGAAUAUGUAUGACUGCCUGCAUUUAAUUCACACUGAUCUCAGGUCAGUUGAAAUAGUAUGUUUUCCAGGAUAUGCACAUACAAACACUGCACAGUGUCACACAAAGUGCCUCAGUACUGGGACCUUCUGGACUGACAAGAAGGCUCCUUUCUCUCUAUAGGUAAACACAUUUAUACAACUAUAACUGGAGUUAUUGAGAUUAUAGUGUUGAGGACUAACAUCAUAAUCAAAGUGUUGAUUUAUGGACAUACAUGUGCAUACUUAAGGAAGAAUUUAUCUUGCUACUAAUGUGAAAGUUCUAUGUUUGCAAACAUUGCAACAAUUCAGAUUUUGAACCAUGUCCACAGCACUAACAGCACAGAUUCAGGGAGUGCAUUCAAAAAACAAAAAAGAUGCAGACGCAUCCUGGAAAUGCUAAGGUACAUAGUUUUGGCUUCUGUACCUCCAUCAAGCGUAUGAAAGCACCACCUGUCUGCUGGUUUCUGGGAAUCUUCUACUGGUGCUUUGAAUACACCGUUUGCAAGAUUGUAUGUGCAUUAGGGUAAGGGAUCUUUUUAAGUCUGAUUAACCUCGACGUUGAGAGCAAUAGCCACACCCAAACUGGGCCAUGGGGACCCCAAUUCUGAGUGCUGUGUUUAAAGGGUUUUGCAUGUAUGGUGUGAAUUUAGGUGAUUCUUGGUACAAAGUUUGUGGUGGUACUUCCCACAUGACUGUCUUUUUUUCCAUUAUGGCGAUAUUUUGUGGGAAGGGGGAAAGGACGGUGUUGUGUCGCUGCUAGACUUCGGAAUAAUGUUUAAGUGUAAGGGGUGCUGUGGACCUUCCAACAUCUGAUUUUCAUUUUCACUGUUUCUCCAAAAUGACACUUAGUCCUGGUGCCUGUAGAUUUUUAACUUUUUUUUUUGUCCUCCAGCAGUGGGAAUUUUCUGGGUUCAGUCACUUUAUAUGUAAUACUUUGGUUGAAUAUGUACACACUGUUUACUGUUUGAGAGAAGAGCCAUGCCUGCUUCUUGUGGGAAUCCACAAAAAAUUUUGUACAUGAAACAUCACGAUGUUGUGAGUGUGUUUUUAAUCACUGUUUGAAACUGAAAGGUGAUGUUCACUACGGAAGUCAAACUGGGAUUAGGGGCAUCUCUGCCACUACUGUUUUGAAAACAUGUCACUUUUUUCCCUUGCUAAAUAAAUGAAUUACUCCUAUAUA